GGGUGAGUGAGGAGCGAGCGAGCGAGCUCACGCCGCGGAUUGCACGCGCGUCCACAGAUGCAUUGGCGGUGGGAAAGAGUGGAUGUGUUUCGCACCUCCUCUGUUGACUUUUUGUUUGUUUUUUUUAUUUAUUUUUUAUUUAUUUUUUUUUGGGGGGGGGGGUUGCCCCCCCCACAGUGGCGAAUAUCAUUUUACUGCUGCUGCUUGAGAAAAGAUUAUUAUAAUGAUGAGAUUAUUGCCUGGAUCAGUGGUUCGGUUGUGGACGGAUGAGAGGCGCACUUGACCGGCAUCACUUCUUCUUCACUCUCUCUCUCUCUCUCUCUCUCUCUCUCUCUUUCUUUCUUUGCGUGUGUGCAUCCAUUCUCUCAUUUGGAAAGACACCAGCCCCGCCGGAACCUCGUAAAUUGGCUCCGAUAAAUUCUGACAUUGUCUGUCAGGCAUCAACUCAUCGAUCCUCAAAAGAGAGAGAAGGGGGAAACAGAGGGGGGGACUCAGAAUUUUAACGGCCCCCCCCCCCUCUCUCCCCCCCUCUUAUAAAUAUGCAGUUCGGCGUGCUUGGCUCGGCUCGGUCCGGCUUCACGCCUCUCUUUCUUUUUUUAAACAGCAGGAGCUGCAGCAGGGACUGAUUCUUGCUGAUUUCCUCUUUUUUUUUUUGUCAAUGCAAGACCUGCAGCGGAAACAUGUCUGGCCACUUCCCUGAGAGGACCCCCGCUGUCAGAGAUGGCAUUCUGGUCCGGCACUGUCGCCUCUAAAGUGCCCCGGAAGAUCUUGUUCAUGUUCACCCUCUCCCUGUCUGUCACCUACUUGUUCUACAGCUUGAUGAGCUGCUACAACUCGCUGCAGUUCCCGCUGCAGGACAACUUCGCCUACCAGGCUCGGUCGGCCGGCACCGAAGAGACAACGCUAUCGAGGGACCAACUUUUCUCCACCUCGCCGGGCUUCGCCGAGGCUCAGUUCAGCCGCAGGAGCACGCUGGUCUCCAUCGUGGACCCGGAGGAGGGCCAGAAGGAGGGCGGGUAUCAUGCGACCCAGCAGGUCUCCUCCACCGAGCCGACCCGCCUCCGGACGGCCACGGAGGGUGACCUGCGGGUGAACUGCACCUCGGAUUACGGCGAGAAGAAGCUGCCCCAAGCCAUCAUCAUCGGGGUGAAGAAAGGGGGAACCCGAGCCCUGCUGGAGGCGCUCAGGGUACACCCGGACGUUCGAGCCGUCGGAAACGAGCCGCACUUCUUCGACAGGAACUAUGAGAAGGGUCUGGACUGGUACAGGGACCUGAUGCCUUCUACGCUGGAGGGGCAGAUCACCAUGGAGAAGACCCCCAGUUACUUUGUGACCAACCAAGCGCCCAAGCGCAUCCACACUAUGGCCAGAGACAUCAAGCUUAUUAUUGUGGUGCGUAAUCCAGUCACCAGAGCCAUUUCAGACUACACGCAGACUCUGUCCAAGAAGCCCGAGAUCCCGACCUUUGAGGUUCUUGCCUUCAAAAACCGAACCCUUGGUCUUAUAGACGCCUCGUGGAGCGCUUUACGCAUCGGAAUAUACGCACUGCACCUGGAGAGCUGGAUGCAGUACUUCCCUCUUUCCCAAAUGCACUUUGUCAGUGGCGAAAGACUUAUCGUGGACCCUGCGGGUGAGAUGGCCAAAGUCCAGGACUUCUUGGGCCUCAAGAGAAUCGUCACAGACAAACAUUUUUACUUCAACAAGACGAAAGGCUUCCCUUGUCUGAAGAAGCCCGAGGACAGCAGCACUCCCCGCUGCCUGGGCAAGUCUAAAGGAAGAACUCACCCCAAAAUAGAGCCGGACGUGAUUCGGCGGCUGCACAAGUUCUAUAAGCCCUUUAACAUGAUGUUCUACCAAAUGACAGGCCAGAACUUUGAAUGGGAGCAGCAGGAGGAGAGCAUAUCGCGGGGCUCUCUGGUCUAGCAGGACCAGCCACCACCAGCCUCCUACGAACUUGACUAAACAAAAACAAUUGCGUUCUGUUCCGUCUUCGGACGGCACGCUUGGACACAAUCAUGGCGCUGUCCAUUUGCUCUCUCUCUCUUCCCCCUCUCAAAUCUAAUGUUGAUGAUGAUGGAAAAUGAAUAUUGUACAUACCAAAACAUAAAAUAUAUUUAUAUUUGUGAAAUGAGAUGAUCUUUUUGUUUGCUUUCAAAAGGAUAAUGCAGAUGUUUUUCUUUAUAAUAACUCACAGAAGUAUGUGACGUUAUGACAUGAUGGUGACACUGGCUAACCUGCUAAAACAUUUAUUGUUUUAAUAAAAUUAUUACUACCGACCUCUAAAGUGACAAGGCAACAAAAUGUGACCGUGCAGUUCUUUUCAACGAGUCCCAAUUCUGACUUUAUCGUCAAAAUGUGACUGGUAAUAUUUCUGCCAAUUUAAGAAGCCAAUAUAUAUUGAGUGGUACUAGCCGUCCACCAGCUGUAUGGAAGUAGCUGAAGGAAAAUGUCAAACGAUAAGUUAAAUGUUCCUUUUAUAACCUUCAGGGAUUACUGUUCAUGUCCAUAUGUCAACAAGAGAAGCAUAUUGAUUUUGAAAGAUACCCAAAAUAGGAGUCCAAAGGUUCUCUCAAGAUUCUUGUUGAAAAACCCCAUUUGAAGUGUAUUUGUUUAUAUUUAAACAUAAAUCAUACUUGUGCCAAUUUUUUAAUGAGAAAAUUGUAAUUUCAUAAGGGAUUGGCAGGUAUCAGAUUCUGAUCAUAUGAUAACCAUGAGCAAAAACAACACUCUUUCACGGUAUCACGGUAUUGAAAUGUUCGGGCAAAUAACUUUGCCAUUGAAUGCACCCUGUAGGUUUAUUGGUAAACGUGAAAAGCAAACAAAGAUUCUUUUCUCAAUACAAUGAAAAUGUAGUACAACAGUAAAAGUACUAAUUUCUCAGAAAAUGAGUAACCACUUCGCUGCUUUUCUACGCUUCGUCACAUAAUGUCUGAGUGGAAACGAACUAAUGUUGGCGAUGCUAGUUAGCUAGCUACCUGCCUCGGUAGCAAGAAUAGAAUAUUAAUUUCACCAAUUGUAAACAGGCUAACUCUCGCAACUGUUCACUGUUCACAAACAUUCAUUUUAAGACAGUGUUUUAGUAAUAUAUUAACGCUGCCUCGAACUUGUCAAAGAGUGAUAGGUGGCGCUCUCAUAAAUGCUCUCUCUCGUGAUAUCCUUACUCUACCAAGCCACGAUACACCAACAACGGCAACCAAAAAGAGCGGCAAAAACAACCUAUAACUAUAUUCUUCUCUCGGAAAAAGACAUGCCAUGCGCUGCUUGAUAAAAUAACGAGGAGAUAAAAUCAUUUCUUUCACACAUCUAGCUAUUCAUUUUCAAAAAGGUAUCCAACUAUUUUGGAACGUCGAAUAACAAAGUAGCAAACACGCGCGAAACUCUGCAGCGCACCACUUCGUGACCUGCGGUGUUGCGUCACAUUGAAGAACGACACCGAAGGUCCCCGCGAACGUUUGUUAACAAACAUCUGCUGCCACGCUCUCCUCUGUCGUUAGAGAUUAAUGGCUUGUUAAAUAAGCUGCUGCUGCCGGAACACUGGCAAUGUCAGGGAGUGUUUUCCAUCAAGGAAAAAAAAAAAACUAAAUACCAUACCCUACAUAUGUUACUAGCCAUCAAUGGAAGCCAAACCGCAUUUUCACUCAGACAUUUGUCAAGAGAAGCGCUAACUAGUGAGCAGAAACGUGGAUAAACUCGAGCAAAAAAGUAGGACCUCCGACAAGGCCCAUUAAUUCUCAUUUGGAUCAAGUCCAAGUUGUACAUCAUAGAUGCUAACCUCCUGGACAUGCCUGAAAUUUGCCUUGGAGAUUUAAGCAUUUAAGCAAAGGAGAAUUAGGGUCAUACGGGGAACAAAAAAAACAAAAAACAAAAUCGAAUUCGAACAGAUUAGUCAGAAUAUUGUGGAAAAAGUCAAACUUAAUCUUGUAUUCUUUUUCUGAUUGUAUGAAGACUCCCAUAAAUUACAUUGUCUCGUAAAAUGCUGAUUUCUGAAUUUUUUUUUCUUUUCCCAUUCAAGUCAUCACUCAAUUCUUGUAAAAAAUAAUUCACUUUCCCACACAGAUGUCCCCCCCCCC